UCUUGCUUGUCUAUAUCUCCUCAGUGAGGGACAGCUCAUCUUCAGACAUCUUGUUGUGAGAGACAUUAAUUGGGGCAUGAUGACAUCCUCAAGCUUGAAGGAAUGGCUGCCGGCUAUCUUCAUGGUGAUGCUCCAGAUCUUCACCGCCGGGAGUCUGAUGCUCGUCAAGGUGGUGGUGGAUAGCGGGUUGUUUGUAUGCACCUUACUGACCUACCGCUACUUGCUUGGCGCCGUCUUGGUCGUCCCCUUUGCAGUGUCAUUCGAGAAAGGGAAGCUGAAGGAGCUUAAGUUAAAGGCAUUCAUAUGGAUUUUUACAAGCGCAUUAGUAGGAUUCACUGUUCCUGGUCUUUACUACAUAGGCCUGGGAGAUACAUCACCAGGAUAUGCAAUUAACUUCUACAACAUCGUCCCAAUCGCAGCGUUUAUCCUGGCUGUUCUUUUCAGAAAGGAACCACUGAACAUGAGAAGCAUAGUGGGAAUCAUCAAGGUGGUUGGGGCCUUAGUUUGUGUUGGAGGCACAAUAAUAAUCAGCCUUUACAAAGGGAAAGUGCUUCAUCUGUGGCCUACCAACAUUAUUGGCUACCACCCAAGCAAGGCAGCAACUGCAUUUGGGCACCACCACAUCCGUGGAACCAUCUUGCUCGCCAUAAGCUGUUUAAGCCUUGCAGUCUGGUACACUGUGCAGGCUCAGAUGCUGAAAGUAUUCCCAUACAAGUAUUGGUCCACAGUUGCUACAUGCUUCGUUGGGUGUAUCCAGAUGGCCAUUAUAGGGGUCGCGAUGAACAGAGAAAAGGCGACAUGGAAACUGAAAUGGAACAUGAGCUUGCUCACCAUCAUCUACUCUGCGAUACUGAACACAGCUGCCAAGUUCGUGAUGAUUUCAUGGGUUGUCACGCAGCGAGGACCAACCUACCCAUCGAUGUUUUGUGCUGUUUCAGUGUUGUUCACGACGAUUCUUGACUCGUUGCUUCUAGGCCAUGACCUCUCGGUUGGAAGUAUUCUUGGAAUGUUACUGAUCCUUGCUGGGCUGUAUCUUUUCCUCUGGGGGAAGAGGAAAGAAGUGGUGCCUGAGACCACAGAAAAACCCAAGGAGGAGGUGCAAUUUCAGACCGGUGAUAGAACCAGCGAACUACCAUCCAACGUAUGAUUGAUUUUUUUUUCUAGAUGCACUAGAAUGUAAGAAGAAAUUGUUCCAAAGUAGUGUAAUUGCUAAGUAUCUCUGUAAUUCUGUAUUAGAAGAUAUAUGUUAAGGUAGUGUCAUUCAGGGUUUGCGCUUUCGUGUUUGGUUGACUGGUGGCACAAAAAAAUUAUGAAAUUUCGAGAUUUUCAGAA